UUUUUUUUUUCCCUGUUUCCUUUUCUGCAAUAUACUUCUUCUCAGAAAUGUGUACUUGAGUAAAACAACCAAUAUUUAAGGUAUACACACAGUUUACCAACACUGUGAAUAAAUUUCUGAAUAAAAACGACAUACAAAUUAGCUGUAUAGCUUUUAUUGUUUUCUGUUGGCUUUCCAGUAUAUUCUUCCUUACAAUCUGGAGUCAAAGCUAAAACAUUUUCCCUUGGACUCUUUGUUAACUAAGAUCAAAUUCAUAUCUUAGUUUCAUUUUCCAAAACUUCAGUUUAACAUCUCUGAAUUAAGCUUUUGUUUUUUCCCUGUGUAUACAGCCCAUGGAUUAAAUGCUACUUACUGUUCUAUGGACUUCUGCUUGAUAUAAAGCAGUUUACCCUCUUCCUCCCCACAUCAAUCCUCCAUAGUUUAUUUUAAAGUCCCCAUAUUUCCUCAUUGCCCUCCAGAAUGCUAGAAUCAAGAGGCUUUUAUUUUCCAAUUUGGCUCCUACUCUUGAGCCUUUCAGCUCCUGCCUUUACUGCCAACAUCAGCAUUAUAUUAGCAUCUCAGAAAUAAAAACCAAUUAAAAUAGUUUUGCUUUGGGAUUACUCCAGGAGGAAGUUACCUUGGUUUUACUUAGAGAAAUUCUGUUUCUCUUUUACUGCUUUAAAAGAUGAAAGAUGUUCUUUCAUAAAUUAACAUUCUGCUGUAUGCUACUCUGCUUGCUAGUGGAGACCAAUAAUGAAAGGUUUGGGAUAUGACCAAGCAGGAUUUUUCAGGCUGUGUUCUUCCAUUACCACCACCCCACCCCUUCUCUUGACUGUUUUAUUCAAGUCUUAGAGGCAGUCUCUCCCUGUUAUCAAUACUUACAUUUUUUCAGAAGUUAAGGUGAGUUAUUUUGGUGUAUCAUUCCCUGCGAAGUACUUGAAAAAUCUGACAAUUUUCUGUUGAAGCAGCUUUACUAAGUACUCAACUAGUCAUCCAACUUUAGGAUCCCUGGACAUUUGAACAUGACAUCUGAAACCAUAUAUUUUACUCUCCCUCUUUACCUAGCAAUCAUGUCCACAAAACUCUCAGGCAAUUGGGUACUCACCUAGCACAAACCUGUAGUUACUCGAUUUAUUUUGGAUGGGGAGGCCCAGUGGUUGAUGCAGGAUUUUCUCUCUCUCUCAGAGAGAAUCUUCUGUGCAGACUUGUAAAGUAAAUAAGAAAUGUCCAAAAAUAACUUAUACAAGGUGAAUGUAAGUAUGUAGGAGAGUUUAUGUGAAGUAUUUUCUGAGGGGCUUCAAAAGAGAUUGCGAUCUAUUAGGGUGAGAUUUCCCUGUGGAUCACCUCCCUUGCCUGGCUGAGAUCUAAAAAGUCACGUUAUCUAGUAACCAAGGUUGAAGCUCUGUAACUGCCCCACUACUCUAGUUUUAUUUGAUUAUUUCCACAGUGAAUAUAUAAUCAUCUUUUAAUGACUUGAUGGAAGAACCUGACCUUGAUAAUUGUACAUUCUUUCUUUGCAUUUAGUAUUGAUCAGUAGAAAUCCUGUGUUUCAUACUUUGAAAUGGCACUAACAUCCCCACCCGGAUCCAGCAGGAGGAGACCUGGGUUAGAAUGCUUAUGAUUAGCAAAAGAAAAGCAAUAGUAUCUUUUUUUUUUUUUUUUCAAUUUGGACACUUCUCUUGUUAAAGGAUUAUUGUAGUUUAGUAUAUUGUUAAAAUAUAAGAGCGUAAUUAAUUUUGGACCUUGUAUCUAUGUAAUUUUACCAAGAAAUCUUAAUUAAAUAUUUUAAAAAAUCAAUUCAUAUAUUUUCUCACAACCAAUAGAAACACAACAGACUUUCAUAUUUGGCGAGGAUUCUGGUGAUGAGUUUCUUCAUCAGUAUACUUAUAAAACAACUCCUUUCAAUAAAACUGUUUUAUAACUGGGAGUGAUCUGUAGAAGGGUGUGUGUUGGUCCUCUGGGGCCUUUGUGUGCCCUGCCUGCAAAUAUAAGUUCUGGGCUGACUUCACAUGUUUGUAGGCAGGACUCUGACAGCUGUUUUUGGUGAUAUAAGUUGGCCUCUUCCCUGAGAGAGGGGUGGUGAUCUUUCACUGUCCUUGCCUUUGGGGCGGGAACCGUUGCAAUGCCAAGCAUUUAAAAAUUGACUCAUUAGCACCGUGAAUCUAACAGCUCAGUUUACACAGUAGUUUUCUUUAAGAGUGUGUUUUAAGACAGUUGGAGGAGUUUUGCCUGUUGAAAUUAUUUAAGGCCAGACACCCUUGGGAUUUUGAAUUAAGAAUUCAAACAAUGAGAUUUUUUGGUUAUUCUCUAAAGCACUAGGAAAAUGUCUUCCAGUGUUCUUUUUGACUUGACUAGUGCGAAAGACUGUUUUUAAGGCUAGCCCUCUGGAAGCAGCUGCCACCCUACAAACCUUAUUGUUACACUGCUGACCUUUGUCAUCAAGAAUGCCUCAGGAGGAAACAGCCUUCUAAUUGUUUUUCUUAAGCCUUUAUGAGUUUGUGAUGUGUACUUUCAAUUUACUUUUGAUUAGUUUUUUAAAUUUGCUUUGUUUGACUUUAAUUGAAGGUUUGUUUCUUUAGCUUUAUCAUGAAUUGUCAGUGUUGAGUUCCUGGUAGGUGGUAAAAAGAAUUGCCCUUUCCCUGUUAUCCUGUUCUGCUGGAAGCGUUUGUGGUUUUUGAUUCAGUUUCUCAUUGUUGCUAGUUGCAGUUGUCUCCUCCCUCCUACCCUUCCCUCCCCACAGCUCUAGCUCUUCCCUUGUCCCUCCCCAUUCCUGUAUCAUUUGCCCCACAACUCCUGAAAUUGCCUGAGCCUUUUGCUGGAGAUUGACUGUGCUGUCCGGUAGUAAAUGAUCUGAAAGUGGAGCAGGAUUGGAAUAUAGAUUCAUCGUCAUCAUCAAAACACUUACAUCUCACUAAAGAAAGUGAUUCAAUGCAUAUUAUAUUUAACCUCUGUAUGGAAUGAAAACAUGCCCUUAAGGAACACAGAAUGUAAUCCAUGUGCACAAAUAACUAUUAAUAUAAGGGCAGAUGGGAAUGCUGAAAUCUAAGCCCCACAUGCAGUGAAAGAAGAGUAGAAUGGAGUAAGAAAGGAGAAUGAAAAAAAUAUAGGAUAUCUGUGUGCUGUUAUCUUCAAAGGAAAAAAAUUUCAUGAGGAGGGAAUAUUUGAAAGCUCUCUGGCUCAGCUGGCUAUUCUAGUCACAGAGGAAAAGAAGAGACUUUCUUAAGUUCUGGAUGGAAUGAUAGAAGAUGUUUGGGGCAUAUUAGAAAAACAGCAGCAUGAACAACAACAAAACCCCACAUAAUUCAAACAAGUUUCUUAGCUUUGUGGAAUCUGUGUCAGUUGCUUGGUACUUGAGAGUUUACUUCAGAGGAUGAUGGGACAAGGCAAUAAAAGGCGAGGAGGGUUGCAUUGCUGCUUCUUGCUUAUCUGUCUGCCUCUCCUUCCAGUUGGAAAAAACUUCAGUCCACAAGAAGCAUUACAAACAAGCCUAAGGAACACAUCCUACCCUGAUCUGGAUUCCACGGAGUUGAGGAUUACAGCCACUUCACCACGAUUUUAUGGAGACAGUUCAAGAAAAAUAGAACGAAGCAAUAAUUAAGGAUUUCUCUGUGUUAUUCCUGUGCCAUGUUAAAUUCUGGGCAUUGCUAGGAGUAAGUGGAAGACAGUUCUGUCAUGUGGAUCUGAGGAUAUCUGUGUUCCUUGAGCUACAUAUAUGAUAUUUGGAAAGUUGUAAACUCAAAAUUUUUCAACAUAAGUUCAUUAAGUUCUGGAUUCUCUUUCUAUUACGAACUUCAGUAGACAGAAACUCCCUCCCCAAAAGAUACAAAACCUUCUUUACAUUUUCAGGCUAAAUGUGAAUAAUAAUGUCUUGGAAAAGAAAUUACUUUUCAGGGGGCCGUGGUAGUGUACAAGGGAUGUUUGCUCCUCGAAGCUCCACCUCCAUAGCCCCCAGCAAAGGCCUCAGCAAUGAGCCGGGGCAAAACAGCUGCUUCCUCAACAGUGCCCUGCAGGUUUUAUGGCACUUGGAUAUCUUCCGGCGUAGCUUUAGGCAGCUUACAACUCACAAGUGCAUGGGAGAUUCCUGCAUCUUUUGUGCUCUCAAGGGCAUCUUCAACCAGUUUCAGUGUAGUAGUGAGAAAGUGCUUCCAUCUGACACUCUCCGCAGUGCCCUGGCAAAGACUUUCCAGGAUGAACAGCGUUUCCAGCUGGGAAUUAUGGAUGAUGCUGCAGAGUGCUUUGAAAACCUCCUGAUGAGAAUUCAUUUCCACAUUGCUGAUGAAACCAAAGAGGAUAUAUGUACUGCCCAACACUGCAUCUCCCACCAGAAAUUUGCAAUGACAUUGUUUGAGCAGUGUGUAUGUACUAGCUGUGGUGCCACUUCUGAUCCAUUGCCUUUCAUCCAGAUGGUGCAUUACAUCUCCACCACUUCCCUUUGCAAUCAGGCUAUUUGUAUGCUGGAAAGACGAGAAAAACCUUCACCAAGCAUGUUUGGUGAGCUGCUGCAGAAUGCCAGUACCAUGGGGGAUCUGCGGAACUGUCCGAGCAACUGUGGAGAGAGGAUUCGGAUUCGCCGUGUGUUAAUGAAUGCUCCACAGAUUAUCACAAUUGGGCUAGUAUGGGACUCGGACCACUCAGACUUGGCAGAAGAUGUCAUUCACAGCCUAGGCACCUGCCUUAAACUGGGUGAUCUGUUUUUUAGAGUGACAGAUGACCGGGCCAAGCAGUCUGAACUGUACUUAGUAGGAAUGAUCUGUUAUUACGGCAAACAUUAUUCUACAUUCUUUUUCCAAACAAAGAUCCGCAAAUGGAUGUAUUUUGAUGAUGCUCAUGUCAAGGAGAUUGGGCCCAAGUGGAAGGAUGUGGUGACCAAAUGCAUCAAGGGGCAUUAUCAGCCUUUGUUGCUACUCUAUGCAGACCCCCAGGGUACCCCGGUGUCCACUCAGGACCUGCCUCCCCAAGUUGAAUUCCAGUUGUACAGCAGGACAUGCUAUGAUAGUGAAGAUUCAGGGAGGGAGCCUUCCAUCUCAAGUGAUACUCGAACAGAUUCCUCAACGGAGAGCUAUCCCUACAAACACUCCCACCAUGAGUCUGCGGUCAGUCACUUCUCUUCUGAUUCUCAGGGGACAGUCAUCUAUAAUGUGGAGAAUGAUUCCAUGUCUCAGAGCAGUCGAGACACAGGACACCUGACUGAUAGUGAAUGUAAUCAGAAACUCACAUCCAAGAAAGGGUCACUGAUAGAGCGCAGGAGGAGCUCUGGCCGGGUUAGGAGGAAAGGUGAUGAGCCACAGGCUUCAGGGUACCACAGUGAAGGAGAAACACUGAAGGAGAAGCAGGCUCCUAGGAGUACCUCUAAGCUAUCCAGCAGUACCAACAGGCUAAGGGAUUUUAAAGAGACAGUCAGUAAUAUCAUCCAUAACAGACCAUCCUCCCUGGCUUCUCAGACCAACCUAGGAUCUCCCUGCAAGGGGAGGGGAGACCAGACUGACAAAAAACCUCCUAGGAACCUGCCUUUACACUCUCCUGACUGGGAAGUAGACAGUACCAGCAGUGAGUCAAAAUCCAGUUCUUCUAGCAAGUAUCGUCCAACAUGGAGACCCAAACGGGAGUCUUUGAAUAUUGACAGUAUCUUUACUAAGGACAAAAGGAAGCACUCUGGCUAUACCCAGCUUAGCCCCUUUUCUGAGGAUUCAGCUAAAGAAUUUACACCAGAUGAAGUAAGCAAGCCACCUGUUUAUGACAUUAAAACUGGUGGAACAAACCCACAGUACAAGCCUUGGGGCCCAGCACGCCCAGGCUCUCACCUCUUAGAGCAGCACCCUCGGCUAAUCCAGCGAAUGGAAUCUGGCUAUGAGAGCAGUGAGAGGAACAGCAGCAGCCCUGUCAGCUUGGAUGCCCCCCUGCCUGAGAGCUCAAGUAUCUGCAGGGAUACAAAUGUUAAGAGAUCAGCUGGGUUGGCACCUUCCUGGCGUCACAUCCCAAAGUCUCACAGCAGUAGCAUUCUGGAGGGGGGUGCUACAGUGCCCAGGAGUGGCUGGACGAAGGAUCAGCCCCUCUCAGUUGGGGAGAUAUCUUCCAAAAGUGAACUGGAUGAAUUGCAGGAAGAGGUGGCCAGGAGGGCCCAGGAACAGGAACUUCGAAGGAAACGAGAGAAGGAAUUAGAGGCAGCUAAAGGGUUUAACCCUCAUCCCAGCCGCUUCAUGGACUUGGAUGAACUGCAGAGUCAGGUGCUGGCCCUUUCAGGGAGGAGUGACGGCUUUGAGAGGGCCCUGCAAGAGGCAGAUUCAGUGUUUGAAGAGUCGCUGCAUCUGGAACAGAAGGGUGACUGUACUGCAGCUUUGGCUCUGUGUAACGAAGCUAUCUCUAAACUAAGACUUGCCCUGCAUGGUGUCAGCUCUAGCACGCACAGCAGAGCCCUAGUCGAUAAGAAGUUGCAAAUCAGUAUUCGAAAAGCACGGAGCCUGCAGGAUCGCAUGCAGCAGCAGUCAUCGCAGCAGCAGCAGCCGCCGUUGCAGCCCUCAGCUUGCCCCCCCUCACAGGGGGAGGCCCUCCCUCAGCCAAUAAGUGAACAACCUAUCUUGCUCCAAGUAUUACUAAGCCGGGAGGCCCAGCUAGAACCCUGCACGAAUACAGAGUUUGGGGCCAGUUCUUUUGUCCAUUCACCUGCUUCCUGCCGUGAGUCACACUCAUCACUCUUUCCAGAGUCAUCUGCCCUGUCUGCUCCACAGCACAAUCCCCCUAAUAGGUCUGCCUUGAACCUUCUGACUUCAGCUGAGGUGGACAGCACUGACCCCUCUGCGUUCCACAGGCAGGGCUUACCUAAAACACCAGAGAGGACUGAGAAUGCUCAUCAUGGUUGGGAACUCUUAGAUGUACCAGAGAGUAAGCUGCAAGGCUCCUGGGGUGACAACAGCAGCUGCACCAAGUCCCCUCUACAAGAAGGAAGAGGCAUUGAUCAAGAACAGCUAUUCCAAGAAAAGAGGGAUCCUGCUGAGUCAUUCCAGGUGAUGCUUUGGUCACACCCACCUGGAAUAGCCGCAUCCGAGAAAGGAGAUGCACACAGCCUAGGCUGUAGUCCUUCAAGUUUAUCAGUUCAGCCCAGCCUUGCACUGUACAGGGCCUGCCACCCCAUAAUGCCUGUUGCUUCCUUCUCUCUGCAUCACUCUCCUGAUACUGUACAGAAAACUAGCAAAUGCCUCCAAACCAAAAGCCUCAAAACUUUGACUUCAAAAGUGGACAGAGGCAGUGAAGAUCCCCAUAGACCAGAGUUUCCCAGCACAAAGGGGCUUGUCCGCUCUCUAGCAGAGCAGUUCCAGAGAAUGCAGGUUGCUCCCAUAAGGGAUGAUACAAGUUCCCAGAAUAGAAGUCUGCCAAAUAGUCUAAGGAAGAACUCUUCUCCUUCCGAUUGUAAGCCUCCUUUUUCACAGAGUCAAGGGAAAGGCCUCUGGCUUUGGGAAAAACAGCAAAUCUUUUUGGAUGAUAGGGACAGACUGCCUUCCUGGGAAGAGCCUGCUAAUUAUCCUUCUCUUGACAUGAACGCUGGGCUGCCUAAUGGUGAACCUUCUAGAGGAAGACAGCCCAGGUUGGCAGAGCCAGGUAUGUACCAAGGGAAGGCAUCUCAAGUGAGAGAUGCUAGGCCCAAGGAGCUGGGCAGCAGUAUCGACUUGGGGACUUCCUUGCCUUUGGAUUCCUGGGUGAAUGUCACAAGGCUCUUUGAUUCUCAGCUUAAUAAUCAUGGGGUCCCUAGGGUAAGAAUGAAGUCCUCCUCCCAUGAUUCCCACACCUGUGUAGCAUACCCAGAAAGAAACCACAUCCUUUUGCAUCCACAUUGGAACCAAGACACAGAGAAGGAGGCCUCAGAAUUGGAGUCUUUCUACCAGGCCAGUCUUCAGGCUUCUCAAGCUGGCUGUUCUGGAUGGGGGCAGCAGGAUGUGGCGUGGCACCCACUUAGCCAAACAGGCUCUGCAGAUAGUGUGGUGAGGAGGUUGCCCUCAGCCUCUGGCCUUGGUCUCUCAAAGACUCCAGCCGCAGAAAUACAGCAAGGUCUCCAUGAAGCCAGGACAGUGCCUGCUUCUCAGGAUUCAUCAGAUUUGAGGAAAAAGCCUUUGGAAACUGGGCACCGUUGUUCCAGCUCCUCUUCCCUCCCUGUCAUCCAAGACCCUCCUUUGUUUCUCCUUGGUCCCCAACUCUAUCCACCCCAACCACAGUUCCUGUCCCCAGAUGUCUUGAUGCCCAGCAUGGCAGGGGAGCCCCAUAGAACCCCAGGAACUUCGAGGAGUAUCCAGCAGUUUCUGGCUAUGUGUGACAGGGGUGAAAGUUGCCAGGGGGUCACGUACACAGGAAGGACUUUGAACUACCAGAGUCUUCCCCAUCGUUCCAGAACAGAUGCCUCCUGGGUAUCAUGGUCAGAGACCAACCAACAUACUGGAGCCAGAUUCCUGAGUACUCCAGGGUGCAAGCCUCAGCUAACACACACUGCCACACUACCUGAAAGAUACCAGGGUGUUCAGGUUCCUCACGCUCAGUCCUGGGGGGAUCUUUUCCACUCACCCUCCUACCCUCCCAUUGUUCACCCUGUGUCCCCACAAACAAGCAAUCUUCAUGUGCCCUCACGGUUCGCUUGGAAUUCAGGUCCUGUCCUGGGGACUAAAGCCCCUGGUCCUCGAAGAGUAGAUAUGCCCCCAGAUGAUGACUGGAGGCAAAGAAGUUACGCUUCACAGUCUGGGCACAGGAGGACAGGGGGAGAUGAAUUUCUGUCUGUUCUAGCAGAUGCCUCUGGAAGAGAGCAAAUCAGGGCCAGAGCCCUACAGCAAAGCAGGUGGUAAGGGUCACCCCUUUCCUUUUCUGGAACCACAGCUUUCUCAACCUAUACUGCGGCAAAACUGGUACCCUGCAUCCCUGCCAGGGUUGUGCUAGUCUCAUCUCAACAUACAGUUGGCAGUUUCUCCUAGGGGUGCCAGGAACGCUUAAUGAGACCUCGCUCUUUGAGAAGGAAUAUCUGAAAUUCCAAUUUCCAUUCACCUAGCAAAAGCUAUCAGCUGCUGUUUAGGACUUUAUUUGAGCCACUUUAAAGAUGAAUCCAUAUUACCUGGAUCCCAAAGCCAUUCUUUAGGAUCUUAGGGUCAGUUUUAUUCCUGGAUACUUUAUGCCCCCCACAUGCUCCUGAGCCCUCAUCCUCUGUUCCCUACUAUAUUGCCAACUUUUAUUCUUUGUUUUAUCUGUCUGUCCCUAUUUCCUGACCUUCUGUAUUUCCCAUCUCAUCCUUGGAGAGACAUAUAACCCUGUGGAUCUGACCACAUCAUUCAAGGAAGCCAACCUGCCCAGGUAUCAUGGACUGUCAGUCUUCCCUGUGCCCCCAAACUUUAGGCCUAGAACGCAGAACUGCCAACAUAACAUUUGCCCUUCUCAACAGAUGGAGUCAGGCACACUAACAGCCCCAUCCUCAGCAGCAGAGCCAUUACUGCCACUUGCUCAGUCACUGUUGUAAGCCCUCAGAGUCAGCUGAACUAUUUUACUGUUUUUGUAAAGUAUUUUUCAUUAAUAAAUCUAUAAGAUAGUUCUAUUUAA